CACUGCUCAAGUUUCUCUAUUUGUGAUUGCCAUCCAAGCAUCAUAGCCCCGAUACGCGUCUCAUCUCCAUCUUCUUGCCUACAAGUGAGCUGCUACCCAAUAGCGUGUACGUCUCUUAUUUUUCGGCUUAGUGCCUCGAGAAUUGGUCGACAGGACAAAAUGACGACGCUCCAAUCCGCCGUCUCAUCCCAAACUCGAGGGGCGAAGGCUCCUGCUCAAUUCCAUAUUCACGACGAAAAAGAGCUCGAUGAAGCUUCGAGCGUUCGAUGCAGAUCAGACAGUCUUGCUACUAAAAGAAGCAAUGAGGCCGUGGGCGAUGGGACAAUACCGUUGACCACAUCAAAGCUGCUUAAUCAACAAGCACAACCAUGUAUUCGUUCAGAAGUUUCUAAGCAGAAGACAAAUCAUACACAGGCCCAGUCUCCAGUCAAGUUGCAGCAGGCUAAGGUUGAGCAACUGCUUACAAGGCUGUCUGAACAACAGCAGCUUAUUCAAAAGCAGAAACAAGCUCUAACAUCAAAGGACCGCAGCAACAACCCGCUGCAUUCUCACGACGGAGGAUCCUCCUAUGGGUCUGUUACAAUCACUCCGGCCGCAAAUACUUUUGCUGAAAAUCACGUUCCCCCAACCACGAAUUCUGAGCAUCCUCAACCGGUUGAUGCUGUGGAAUUUCUUCGUCUGAAACAAGAGCUCCUGAUUGCCAAAAACAGAAUUGCGAAGAUGGAUCAAGAGCUGUCUCAGACCCGCAUUACAAAACAUACCCUGGAACAAGCUAUGGGUUCGUCUUUAGACGUGGACGUCCAGCUCAAAGGAGAAGGAACAGAAUAUACACUCAACAAAUUACGCUCCGCCUUCAAUGCUUCUACAAAACCUUCUGGAGGGACGCACAACAUGUGGACAUUUCCCGACGACAGCCAUUCAGAUGCCAGUGAAUCUUUAUCCGCUGAAUUACACAACAAUGCUCAGAAAGCAUGGGCGAAUCCCCACAAGAACGCAUGUGUCUUUGCGAUUUCCCCAACCUCCGAGGCACGCCAUGCCAAUCCGUUACUAAAAUGGAGCCAAGACUCUGUUCAAAGCUGGGCAAACCAAGCAGAAUCAGUGUCAACAUCAGUACAAGCCCUAAGUACUGCCGAGCAGCAUCAACGACAAUUGCCUGAUCCAUAUAUAAACGCCUAUAACGCUGAUAAUCGCCUCAUGACUAGUCGAAAUCAAUACUGGCAAGAUCACAUUCGCCAAAGUCAGAGUCAAUAUGGCCGAGCAAACUUCUCAUUGCCACAACGUCAUACUGAUUGGGCUGCUUAUCACAUUGGAGCUAACAAUGAUGGAAUCAGCCCUCCUUGUACGCCAUAUCAGCCUGGAAGUAUGUAUCAAGCUCAUGUUGCGUACCAGCAAAGGCCAAUCGGUACACCAUUGUCGCCUACAGCUCCUGACUUCAACGCAUCUCACAUUCAAUCCAGUUCAUGGAAUGCACAGACACCUUCCUCACCUGGUCAGACCUAUGUCGCGCCGUUGGAACCCCUGAACUACCGUCGGCUCCUCGACCGCAAUGUCAUCUGCAAUUGGAAAUAUAUUGUUGACAAAAUUGUGUGCAACAACGAUCAACAGGCCUCAAUUUUCUUACAGCAGAAACUUAAGAUUGGCACUGUUGAUCAAAGAUUCGAAAUAGUAGAGGCCAUAAUUGCACAAGCUUAUCCUUUGAUGAUAAAUAGAUUCGGAAAUUUUCUUGUGCAACGCUGCUUCGAGCAUGGAACUCCAGAACAGGUUAUUGCAAUCGCGAACGCAAUUCGAGGCAACACCCUCAAUUUGAGCAUGGACGCCUUCGGUUGCCAUGUGGUUCAGAAGGCCUUCGACUGUGUCCCAGAAGAAUACAAAGCGAUCAUGGUUCAUGAACUCCUUCGUCGGAUCCCGGAGACCGUGAUUCAUCGUUACGCCUGUCACGUCUGGCAGAAAUUGUUCGAGCUUCGUUGGAGCGGACCGCCUCCUCAGAUUAUGAAGCAUGUCAAUGAAGCUUUGCGUGGCAUGUGGCAUGAGGUUGCUCUCGGAGAGACAGGUAGCCUAGUGGUCCAGAAUAUUUUUGAAAAUUGCCUAGAAGAAGAUAAGCGACCAUGUAUCAACGAGGUACUGGCAAAUAUUGAUAUAGUGGCUCACGGACAGUUUGGAAAUUGGUGUAUUCAACAUAUCUGCGAGCAUGGAUCACCGGCGGACCGCAACUGCGCGAUCGAGCAUGUCCUAUGCUACGUUACUGAAUACAGCAUGGAUCAGUUUGCUUCAAAGGUAGUGGAAAAGUGCCUUAAAAUUGGGGGACCUGAUUUUUUGGAACGCUACCUCCAACGUGUAUGCGAGGGUCGCCCUGAGCGUCCUCGCAUCCCAUUAGUCGACAUAGCAAGUGACCAGUACGGAAAUUAUCUGAUACAGUACAUCUUGACCCAUGCGAAUCCACAGCAUCGCGAGGUUGUAGCCACACAUAUCCGAAAGCAUAUGGUUUCUCUGCGUGGUUCCAAAUUUGGAUCUCGAGUCGGAAUGCUUUGUUGCAAUCCCGCUUUCGCAACAAGACCCGGCCCAGCCGGAUCUCAAACUAACAGAUAUGGGCAUUUCAAUCGUUUAGGUGGGGCUUAUCGUUGAAACAGCUGGUAAUAUUAAUAUCAAGCGCGCUCAUGUUGCCAAAAUGUUUUGGUCCUUGCUAUUAGGGGUGGUGCUGAAACCUGUUCCUGAUCAUCGAUAAGCCGGGAGCUUUUUUCCGCCCUGCGCCUGACAUGCUCAGCUCUUGAGCCCGAGUCCAAGCGAUAUAUCUUGCUUUCGUUGCUGCGUUAUCGAGAUUUCAUUUGUGGUAAUUCUCAUGAAUUCUCUUUUCAUAAUACCUAUUGGCAUCCACCACACUUUGUCUUUGCCGCACGAGUAUGGACUGAAUUUAUUUUAGGGUCAGCUCUCCCGUUCAUGUGUGGAACAAGGAAGAGGAUUGAACUAAUUUUUACGCAUGAGAGGCUGCUUCCUUAUGC